UGUGUUUUGACGAUAUAAGCAAUUUAUUUGUACUUGGCUAGGCUGCUCGAUAGGAGGUCUGUUGCAGAAGAUCAAAAACAAAAUCAGAUCUGAAAAGGACCAAAAGGUUUCUAACCUCACAUUGUGAUUAGCGCCGUGAAUUCUAUUUUUAAGAUUUAACAAUUUUUCGUCAUCAUGUCGUUGCAUACAUUUUUGGGUGUGUUCUCGGAAGAAAGUGAAGUCAAAGUAAAUGAUCGAUUUGGAUUGGGUUCCCCCAUCCCAAUGAUGGUUAUUAUUUCAUUGUACCUUUUAAUCGUGUUAAAACUUGGACCCAGCUUGAUGAAAUCAAGAGAACCAUACAGGCUGAAAACUUUUAUAGUUUUCUACAAUAUGUUUCAAGUUUGUUCUUGUGCUUAUAUAUCUUAUAAGUGUGUUACAUCAAGUAUUCCAAUAAUGGAAUUUUGGAGAUGUGCUCCUGUUUUACCAAAUACUCACUGGGAAAGACUUUUUAAUCACUUGGGUAUUGUAACCUUCUGGCUUAAGGCAACUGAAUUGACAGAAACUUUAGUAUUUGUAUUGAGAAAGAAACAACGACAAGUAUCAUUUUUGCAUGUUUUUCAUCAUGCGAUAAUGCUGUUUUUGACUUAUAUAGUUGUAAAGUUUUAUAAGGCUAAUCAAGCAUUCUUCCCUUUGUUUCUCAACUGCAAUGUCCAUAUUAUUAUGUACUUAUACUAUCUCUUAGCAGCUGCUCUGCCUAAAAAGGUAGCAGCUAGGUUGACACCUUUUAAAAAAUUCAUCACUACCAUCCAACUUAUUCAAUUUGUGUUCAUUUUAAUUCAAAUUUUAAUUACUUAUAUAACAGGAUGUUCAGUUCCAAAUCAAGUUCUUAUAAUGUAUAUGCUUAUUGUUAGUGCAUUUUUUUAUAUGUUUUAUGAUUUUUAUAAAAAGAAUUACAAUGCCAAAAGACGACGAUCAUCGGUCGCAAUGCAAAAAUAGUUUAUAUGAAGUGUUUCAGUUUUAAAAUUAAGUUUUAUUUUUUUUUUUGUUUUUUGUUUUUAGACAGAUAAAAGAAUUUAAGAUAAAUUUUCUUAAGGAUUUAAUAAAUUAAUUAAAAAAAUGUUUAUACCAGAAUUUUUUAUGGCGAAAAAAUGAGGAUCAGACAAAAAGAUCAAAUAAAUCUAUGGAA